CUUUUGGCCCAAGCCCCCGCGCGCCGCGCCGGGCGCCACGCGAAGCGCCUGCCCCCCGGGGGGGGCCGCUGCCACCUCCCGAGCGGCGCGCGCUCGGGGGGGGGGGCGGUCCGUGGCGGCGGCGAUGGGGGCCGUGUGCUCGCGGUGCCGGCCGAGGUGGGGCGAGGGCGACGACGCGCCUGCGGCGGGCGCCCCCGCCGUGAGGAUCGGGAAGAAGGGCCGGCAGGUCGAGGUCGCCCCGGACGGCAGGGGCGUCCGGGUCUCGGGCGACGGCACGGCCCUGGGAGACUCCGUCCUCGAGCAGGACGCGGCGUACUGGGAGGUCGAGGUGCUCGGCCUCGGGGCGGGCGAUGUUUGGAGGCGCCGCGGCCUGCCAGAUCGGGGUGUGCCACGACCGGGGCGGUGCGUCGCUGGACGCCCCGCUCGGGGCGGGCGAAGGCUGCUGGACGGUGGGGCUGGGCCCCGGCGAGCUGUCGCAGGGCGAUGUGGUCGGGGUGGCCUGCGGGAAGGGCAACGUUCCGAACCUGGAGUUCUACCUGAACGGCCGGCUCCUGGACGGGCCCUCGGUGAAGCGUAUAUCCGGAGACGCAUUCCCGGCUGUCAGCGUCGCUGGUGGAGCUGCGGUGCUCAUGGAGGCGUGCUUCAAGCACACGCCACCCGGCAGCUGCCAGCAGAUCAUACCUGCCGCGGGCAUGAUGUGAGGCAGCCGGUCGGGAUGGACGGUUGUGUGUUGCAGCCCC